CUGGUGUAGGUCUAUAUAUCCGGAACUUCGAGUCCCGAAAUUCCGCUGCAAGGGCCGGCUCCACUCGCUUUGUUUCUUGAUGCUGUUUGUCCCUCGCACGGCGCCGUUGGGUCACCCGGGAAGGCGUGACUAGGGGCGGGAAGUGGGGACGGGCGCGGGGCCGCGGAGCGGUGGCUGCCGCUGUCAUGGACGCCUGGGUCCACUUCAGUGCUCAGAGUCAAGCCCGGGAGCGACUGUGUAGGGCUGCACAGUACGCUUGCUCCCUGCUCGGCCACGCAUUGCAGAGACACGGGGCCAGUCCUGAGCUACAGAAGCAGGUUCGGCAGCUGGAGGGCCACCUGAGCCUUGGGAGGAAGCUCCUGCGCCUGGGGAACUCCGCGGAUGCUCUGGAGUCAGCCAAGAGAGCCGUGCACCUGUCAGAUGUGGUCCUGAGGUUCUGCAUCACUGUUAGUCACCUCAAUCGUGCCCUGUACUUCGCCUGUGACAACGUGCUGUGGGCAGGAAGGUCCGGAUUAGCUCCCCGUGUGGAUCAGGAGAAGUGGGCUCAGCGUUCUUUCAGGUACUAUUUGUUUUCACUCAUCAUGAAUUUGAGCCGUGAUGCUUACGAGAUUCGUCUCCUUAUGGAACAAGAGUCUUCAGCUUAUACCCGGCGACUGAAGGGUUCUGGAGGAAGUGUUCUAGGAGGAACUGAAACUGGGGGGACCAGCAGCCCGGGGACCCUGGGAGGAAGCCUUCCCCAACUGGCUCUGAAGCUUCGGCUCCGAGUCCUGCUGCUGGCUCGGGUCCUUCGAGGUCAUCCCCCACUUCUGCUGGAUGUGAUCAGAAAUGCCUGUGAUCUCUUCAUUCCACUGGACAAACUAGGCCUCUGGCGCUGUGGCCCUGGGAUUGUGGGACUUUGUGGCCUUGUGUCCUCCAUCCUGUCUAUUCUCACCCUUAUCUGUCCCUGGCUACGACUCAAGCCCUAACACUCUGGUACAGGAUAAGGCAGAGACCUGACUCUGGGAGGUGGAAUUUUCCAUCUUCCCCAUAUACCGGCCUUAUUUUAAUUCUCCUGGAUUGGG